CUCUCUCUCAUCCAAAUCCAGUAUGGAAAGUUACAGAAAAGGUCCACUGAAGCCAUGGAAGAAAGGCCCCGCAAGAGGCAAAGGCGGCCCUCAGAACGCCUCCUGUGAGUAUCGUGGAGUUCGACAAAGAACUUGGGGCAAAUGGGUUGCAGAGAUCAGAGAGCCCAAGAAGAGAACCAGACUCUGGUUGGGCUCUUUUGCCACCGCCGAGGAAGCUGCCAUGGCCUACGACGAAGCGGCAAGGAGGUUGUAUGGCCCGGAAGCUUACCUCAACCUACCACACCUUCAACCCAGCAAUUGCUUCAAUCCUCCUGAUAAAUCCCAGAAGUUCAAAUGGUUCCCAUCGAAGAACUUCCUUUCCAUGUUUCCUUCAUGUGGGUUACUUAACGUAAAUGCCCAACACACUGUUCAUGUUAUUCAUCAAAGACUGCAAGAGCUCAAGUGGAAUUCUUCCACUCUCAAUCAACUGCCUUCGUCAUCUUCGUCUACUUUUGACAUGAAAUCUGAACUCUGGAUCACAGACGAUAAGAGCUACGUAGAAAAUUCAGUAGUCAAUCAAGAAGAAGUCGUGCUUUCAUCGGAGAAUCCAGUACUAGUGAGUCAUGAAGAGAAGCCUCAGCUCGAUCUAAAUGAAUUCCUGCAGAAGUUGGGCAUUCUGAAAGAAGAGAGAAGAUUGGAUAGCAGCGACACCCCCGAGAGUUUUCCGCUGCCAGAAUAUUUGCCGGAAGAUGACGAGCAAGCAGCUUUUGGUGAACAGACUUUCAAUUGGGAUUCACUGGUCGAGAUACAUGGACUAGGUGGACAUCAGGGAGCUGUAGACAAUGGGUUGCAGGUUGACAUACACGAAGAGCUGACAUUCCCUAGUUCCAUUUGGAACUUCUGAAGUGUCAACUAGUUUUGGCGGAGUAUGGUUCAGCUUUAGCAGGUAGAUUUCAGUAGGGAAAAGCA